GAUAGCUCUUGAAAAAAAAAAGAAGACAGAGGUUUUGUGUUCUGGGUCGCUUUUCGGCUGCAGGUCCUGGUCCCCCGUGACUAAGGGGGAGGUCUAAGUUUACGGCUCAGCUUGUUUCUGUAGGCGAUUUGUUUUGGUUGAAAGUCAACUGCAGCAGGCAGACAAAGGAGAGAAAUAGAAGCUAGAGAGGCCCGCUGGAUGAUCCAUGAGCUACUAAACAAGUCAACAUGGGCCAGCUGCUGUCAUCAGAAGAAGACCUCUCCGGAGCAAAACACGCCAUUGGCUCACUGCUAUACCGGACUAUGCUAGAAGGUGGAGCCAUACCUGACCUAGGUGUGGUGCACCCGCUGCUGCUCACCAAUCAGGAUGAGGAAUACAGGUCCCGCCUCCAGGAACAACUACUGCAGAUGCAGGGUGACAUUGGCAAAAAGGCGCCCACCUACCUGAGGGAUCUGAUUGGACGGCUGUCUUCAUUCUCAGAUGAGCCCCGCCUGGCCGGCCUGCUGGGAUUGGCGGUUACCAUGGUGAUGGACAUGCUCUACAUGUCAUCCAAGCAGUUGUCCCCUGGGGGGAAAGUAAAGGCAGCGGGGUCAUCAUCACGCCAGCAGAGGGUGUGGGAGCUCCAGGAGGUCAUGGAGGAGUACUUGAAGCGCUGCAGGAUCAACCUGAGCGAUAAGACUCGACUGUACCAGGACUCUUUGAGACUGGAGGGCCAGCUCAGUCUCACCCUGACCCAGCUGAAGACCUGUCUGCUUGGGGGGGAAUGUGACUCCAGGUCUUUGAGGUUCUGGGCCAGCGGAGCAGCAUUCCACACCCAAAUGUUGGUUCACCUGGCGAGAAUGGAGGGGCGGGAAGAACCCGUGGCGGCAAGGGCUGUGCUGGAGCAAUACAAGGAGGAUCUGGCACAGAUUGUACCUGCUUUCAGGCGUUACAAGUCAAACACAGUGGAUGUUGUGAAAAGUCGAGGUGGUCUCCCCCUGCCGUGCGAGGGACCCGAGGAAGGAGCCAUGACCGGAAUCAUGCUGACUGACAGGGAGUCGGGAAAGAGCGUGAGCAUCACGCUCGCCGCCAUGCAGGCCGAGAUAGCUUCUUUAUCCCCAUCUCUGAACCUGGACCUGGUCACCUCGGAUCAGUACGCCCAGGCCUUUGUGGAACAGCUCUUCUCCGAAGCAGGACCCGUAGCAGAGCUCAAGAACUACUUCAACAACGUCAGCGCUAAGCUAAACGUGCUCAGAACCGGACCUCCAGGUUGUGACCGCAAAGAGACGGGACAGUGUCCAGACGUGUUGGCUGAGGGAAUGCAUGAAGGACAGGCAUCAGAAGUAGGCCGGAGAGAUGAAGAUUUGAAGUUGAGUAUUGUAGAAACAGAGAAGAUGUAAUACCCCAGAAGUUCUAAUAUUAUACAGUACUAGAAUAAUACUUUACCAAACUGACACUUGAUUACAUUGUCAUCCAUCAUCCAUUCCAGAUAACCAGAUUUAACAAAUACUUAUUUUAUAUCAUUUGGAUUAAAUGGUACAUACUUAAUAGGGGUGCUUUUUCUGUUUUGGAAUAAAACUGCUCUAUGC